UUUAUCGGACUAAUUGCAGGCUCGCAGUGGGCUGUGUGAGGUCUUGUUCCGCAGGUUGUGAUCCUCUAAGCUCAGUUGGGUAAUGUGGUCGUACUGCCUCAAAUUGUAAAACGUUUCAUGUUGUCUAAAAGGAAAAAAAUGCUGCUCAUGUGGUGCAUGUCCACAUCAGUCAGCUUAACCCUGAACUGUAUUAAAUGAACAACCAUAUUAUAAAAACCCCAUGAUGCGCAUCAUUGGCCAAAUUAUCACUGUCUCAUAUCUCUCUUCCUCACUGAAAGGACUGUAAACCAGACAAGGGAGAAUUAGCCCAGGGACUAAAUUCAAAGCCUGUGUGCACGCGUGUGUGAGUGCGUGAGCGCGCACGUGUUUACAUCAAUGCGCCACGCUUCAGUGCGCUUUCUGAAGGGGAUAAGUGGGAGUGGGAGAGGAGAGAGGCGACAGUACGGAGGGAAGAUUCAGGCGGAUAAGUAACUCGUCACCAAGAAACGAGAGGGCAUCUUUAACGAGGUCCACUGCACCUGCUGCAACUUGCUGCCACACGGCACAGACAUCCUCCUCGAUGUCCGGCGGUUUAACGAUGGAUCACACUUUCCUGCCUCGAUCCAUUUGGACCGGUGACAGUAAAUUCCUCCAACAUCCAGCGGAUCUCUUCACCAGUGUGGUCGUUACGCGCAGCAUCCCUGCAGGCACGUGCUUUGGUCCAUGUGUGCUCCAAAACACUUUCUACGACACCAUCGCCUUCAUAGCGCAGAAAUCCUGCGACAAGAGGGCGAAACCCUAUGUGUUCAGGGUGGACCCCGAGGCCAUGCGUAAUUCUGCGCUGGUGCUGUCCUGGCUGCGGCUCGUACAGGCUGCGCGUAAUGGAGAGGAACAGAACACGGAGGCCUUCCUGAAAGCGGGUCAGCUGUAUGUGCGGACCAUCCGGGACAUCCGGCAGGAGGAAGAGCUGCUGGUUUGGUACGACCAAGAGCUGUCUCACCUACUGGGCUUCACAGACAUGACCAGGGGAUCAAGUGAAGAGUUCAGAUGUGGAAGAUGUAACCAGGUCUUCAAGAAUGAGUAUCCUUUCCUGGCUCACUGCCGAUUCCUGUGUACUCAAGUUAAGAGUGAUACCUGGGGCCGCGAGGUUUACGAGUACAAGCAUGUGGAAAUAAAGAGGCAACAUCGAGUGACAGAUUUCCACAACAUCGCCAGAGAUUUGGAACACAAAAAAUCUGGCAGCAACGAGGACGCGGAGAUUUACCCCAAGAGAAGGAAAUACGAGGAAACUCUUUAUCCCAAAGCACGGAAGACGGUCCUGUUGGAGAAAACGAAUAUUUCAAAUGAUGACAAUAUUACGCAGCUGAGUAAGGGCUACGACCAGGCAGCAGGGGAUGCAUCUUCCACUGCGGGGAAACUCAAAGUUGACAAGGUCAAACUGGAUCAUUUGGGAUGUAAGAAUGAUGCUUUUGCUGAAGCGAGAGAGGCCAGGGGGACUUUUACGCACGGCAGAGGGGUGGACGCACGGUCGGAGGCAGGUGAGAGCUCUGGUGUGCAUUCAGGCAGCACCAGUGCGUUUUCUCUGGUCCUGUCCAGCAGUCACGGCGAGCAGAAAAGCGCUUUCUGUAAACCGAGUAAAAGGACUUCUCCUAUUAACCCUCAGGCGCAUCUCAGCAGCGCUUCAACAGCCCCCUCUAGCCGCCUCGAGGAGAUGACUGACGCCUUCACCCCCAGGACUGUUAUGGGAUACAACAAUCUGAUGACAUCCAACAUCCUGAGCGGUGACUUACAGACUCUACCCUCCCCGGUUGCUUUAAACAAUGCCUUCCAUUACGCACCGGAGCACUGGUCCAGGAACAUUGGCGUUCAGUUGCAGACCACAUCCUCUCUUACGAUCCUUCCGCCGACUUUCACCUCAUUCGGCGUGUCGGUGCAGAACUGGUGCGCCAAGUGCAACCUGUCCUUCCGCAUGACUUCCGACCUCGUUUUCCACAUGCGCUCUCACCACAAGAAGGAGUUCGCCGCGGAGUCGCAGGUGAGGAGGAGGAGGGAGGAGAAACUCACCUGCCCGAUCUGCCACGAAUACUUCCGAGAGCGGCACCACCUGUCCAGACACAUGACGUCUCAUAACUGAGACAAAAAGGGACACAAAAAAAAAAAAAACUUUAUUUAUUUCCUAAAUGAUGCUCGUAUUUAACAAGUCUAGACUCCAGAUUCACGAGGCUUUGGCGUGUAACAGUGAAUGUAGGUAGCUGUAAAGAAACUAGGACACACAUGGCCACCUUAGCCUGUCCACUAGGUGACGAUAGAGGUACGUGUAAGCUGAUCUCACUGCAGUUUGUUGUCUGUCCCUUAGCCCUGUGUGUUAGGUUGAUGAUUAUUUUGUGCCUUAUGGAACUCAGGAGGGGAAGAAAGACGGAGAGAUCUCGAGGACAGCUCAUGAUUGUCAGAAAUAUCUCGACGCAAUCUUCUUUAUUUAUCAGCUUUUUGUUCUGCUCUGAUUUGUACAAGAGGUGUGGAUUGAGUGUGUUUGCACAUUCGUUUUAAAAUCUGAAAUUGUGAGAAUGAAA